UAAGUAAUCAGCAAACUGGAGACCACCACAGCUGCAUCGACCCCCUUUCUGGUAUCAUGCAUGCAAACCAAGAGCUCCGAUCGAGCUCUUGUUAGCGACAUGGAAGUCACUUCUGUUAAGUAGAGAAGGAACGCUUUGGAUGUGGCAACCGUGCGGCAGAAAUCCCGGCUGAGCGCUGCUUUCAGGGAUAGUGGAAUACUGAAUUCGAGCUUGCUUGCAUUCAUUCAUUCAUUUUUUUUUUUUUUUUUUUCGUGGACAAUCAUGUUUUUGUUCUUCAGUUUUUUAGUAUUGCUCUUUGAUUUUAUGAAUGCACUAGCUUCAGCAGGGAGACCGCUAAGAUCAGAGAAAGUGAAACUGCAGCAGUUUGGCACAUAUGAGAUUGUAACUCCGGCCAGAGUGAAUGAAGCCGGUGACACACUGCCAACGGGCGUGCACUUCAAGAGGACAAAACGGAGUACCGAGCCAGUUACCGGCAACAUCUCCCAUCACUGGACCUCUCCGCACGUCUAUUAUCAAAUAUCUGCCUUUGGGCAGGACUAUUCCCUUAAUCUUACACUCGAGUCGGGAUUUAUUGCGCCAGUUUACACUGUCACGAUACUCGGAGCAUCCAGUGAAGGUGAUAAUUCAGAAGAGGGGGAGGAGGAGGAGGACACGGAGUAUCAGCACUGUUUUUAUAAAGGACAUGUGAACGCUGGGCAGGAGCACACUGCAGUCAUCAGCCUCUGCUCCGGUUUGCUUGGCACUUUCAGGUCACCAGAAGGGGAGUUUUUUGUAGAACCCCUUCAUAGCUACAAUGGUCAACAUUAUGAAGAAGAACACCUCAAACCUCAUGUUGUGUACAGAAAAGAUGCCUCAAAAAAGACUGUAGAUGAUUCGACUACAUGUGAAACUUCAGGACAUAAAGAGCCACACCACAGACACAGGAACAAGAACAGACUGAAGAGAAAGUCACCCUCAAGCUUGUUGUCCAACCUGGAGACUCUUAAUUCCAGACUCUUCUCUGCAGCCUUCCCUUCAGAAAACAAGCACAACUCCACUAAAGAAAGCAGUGACUCCGAGCCACACCGGAGAUCAAAGCGUUUCCUCUCCUACCCCCGUUUUGUUGAAGUCAUGGUUGUGGCAGACAGUAAGAUGGUGGAACAUCAUGGAAGCAACCUCCAGCACUACAUUCUUACACUGAUGUCCAUCGUUUCCUCCAUCUAUAAGGAUCCCAGCAUUGGAAACCUGAUUAACAUUGUUAUUGUGAAGCUGGUCAUCAUAAAGAAUGAGCUGGAUGGUCCCACUAUCUCUUUCAAUGCACAAGUCAGUUUGAAAAACUUCUGCAUAUGGCAGCAGAGUCAGAACCAUCCGGAUGACAGCCAUCACUCACAUCAUGACACCGCCAUUCUAAUCACAAGGCAGGACAUCUGUCGAGCACGGGACAAGUGUGACACUUUAGGUCUUGCUGAGCUGGGUACAGUUUGUGAUCCCUACAGAAGUUGCAGUAUUAAUGAGGAUAAUGGACUCAGUACUGCGUUCACCAUUGCUCAUGAGCUUGGCCAUGUGUUCAACAUGCCUCACGAUGACAGUAACAAAUGCAAGGAGGAUGGAGUGAAGAACCAGCAACAUGUGAUGGCCCCUACGCUCAACUAUUACACCAAUCCAUGGAUGUGGUCCAAGUGUAGCCGGAAAUACAUCACAGAGUUUCUCGACACAGGGUAUGGUGAGUGCUUGCUCGAUGAGCCAGUUUCUAGGCCAUACAGUUUGUCCAAGCAGCUGCCUGGACAGAUAUACAGUGUCAAUAAACAAUGUGAGCUAAUAUUUGGGCCUGGGACACAGGUGUGCCCAUAUAUGACACAGUGCAGGAGGUUGUGGUGCACCAGUCCAGAAGGAGUUCAGCGUGGCUGUCGGACCCAACACAUGCCAUGGGCCGAUGGGACCGAGUGUUCUCCAGGAAAGCACUGUAAACAUGGCCUGUGCAUCCAUAAAGAGCAUGAAUCUGUUCAAUUAGAUGGUGCCUGGGGUGUCUGGAGUCCCUUUGGCAUAUGCUCAAGGACCUGCGGAGGGGGAAUCAAGAUCGCUGUGCGUGAUUGCAACCGACCCGUGCCCAGAAGUGGGGGGAAGUAUUGUGUUGGACGCAGAAUGAAAUUCCGUUCCUGCAACUCUGAGCCAUGUUCCAAGCAAAAGAAAGACUUCAGGGAGGAACAGUGUGCCAACUUUGAUGGGCGACACUUCAACAUCAAUGGUCUACCUCCAAAUGUCCGCUGGGUGCCAAAGUAUAGUGGAAUUCUGAUGAAGGAUCGCUGUAAGCUGUUCUGUCGUGUGGCAGGCAAUACAGCUUACUACCAACUCAGGGACAGAGUUAUUGAUGGCACACAGUGUGGACCUGACACCAACGAUAUCUGUGUGCAAGGCCUGUGCAGGCAAGCAGGAUGUGACCACGUGUUGAACUCCAAGGCCAGGAGAGAUAAGUGUGGAGUGUGUGGUGGAGAUAACUCAUCUUGCAAGACUGUGGCAGGAACAUUCAACAUAGUGCAUUAUGGUUACAAUGUUGUGGUACGAAUUCCCAGCGGUGCUAGAAACAUAGAUGUGAGACAACACAGCUAUUCAGGGAAACCAGAGGACGAUAACUACCUCGCCUUGUCCAACAGCCGUGGAGAAUAUUUACUCAAUGGAGAUUUUGUAGUCAGUAUGUUUAAAAGGGAAGUCAGAGUAGGGAAUGCUGUUAUUGAAUACAGUGGCUCUGACCAUGUUGUUGAAAGAAUCAACUGCACUGACCGCAUAGAGGAGGAGAUUAUUAUCCAGGUGCUAUCCGUAGGUAACCUCUUCAACCCUGACGUCAGGUAUUCCUACAAUAUUCCUAUAGAGGACAAACCUCAGCAGUUUUUAUGGGAUGCGUUCGGCCCAUGGCAGGAUUGCAGUCUUUUGUGCCAAGGAGAGCGCAAGAGGAAGAUCACGUGCAGUCGUGAGUCGGAUCGAGUGGUUGUGUCUGAUCAGCGGUGCAAUGGCUCUCCCAAACCAGCUGUGAUCUCUGAGCCAUGCAACACAUACUGUGAACUCAGGUGGCAGGUUGUUCGCAAAAGCGAGUGUUCAGCCGUAUGUGGCCUGGGUUUCCGUACUUUGUACAUUUACUGCAUCAAACAGAGCAGGUUAGAUGGGAAAACCCAGAAGGUUGACGACUGGUAUUGCAGCGGCCAGCGCAAGCCUGAAGACAAGGAGGUGUGCCAUGGAGAGUGCAACCCUCGUGGAUGGGAGUACUCCCUCUGGUCCGAGUGCUCCAGGAGCUGUGGAGGAGGAACACGCCGUAGGAGUGCAGUUUGUGGAAAGUCAGCAGAAACUGAUGACGAAAGCAAGUGCAACCAACAAGAAAAGCUCACAGUCCAGCCUUGUAAUGACUUCCUGUGUCCUCAAUGGAAAACUGGAGACUGGUCUGAGUGUUUAGUGACAUGUGGCAAGGGCUAUAAGCACCGUCAGACUUGGUGUCAGUUUGGAGAAGAGCGUUUGGAUGACCGUUUCUGUGACUCAUCCAAACCAGAGCCGGUCCAGGCCUGCCAGCAGCAAGAAUGUGCAUCCUGGCAGGUGGGACCCUGGGGACAGUGUACCACCACAUGCGGCCCGGGCUAUCAGAUGAGAGCUGUGAAGUGUGUGGUUGGCUCAAACGGCUCUUUCAUGGAUGACUCUGAAUGUAAUGCAGCAACACGUCCAACCCACACUCAGGACUGUGAACUCUCACAGUGCCCUGUCACUCAUCCUGUUGCCCCAGAGACCAAAGUGAUAUCACAUCCUGGUCAUAAAACACAGUGGCGCUUUGGAUCUUGGACACAGUGCAGUGCCACCUGUGGGAAGGGCAAGCGGAUGCGUUACGUGAGUUGCCGUGACCAGCAGGGUGGAGUAGCAGAGGAAUCAGCCUGCUCCCAUCUUACAAAACCUCCUGCUAGUGAGAUUUGCUCCAUGGUGGCGUGCGGACAGUGGAAGGUGCUGGAAUGGACUGCGUGCUCUGUAUCCUGUGGUCAGGGUACAACUACACGGCAAGCAGUGUGCAUGAACAUCAGCGAUCAAGUUGUGGAUAUGAGUGAGUGUGACCCAGAUGAUCAACCAGCAACAGAGCAGGAGUGUGCCAUGCCCCAGUGUCCGUCUCGCUCCAGCGACCACGGCGGCUUUUUACCUAAUCCUGAUUCUCGGAAAAAAACGGUUCCCACUGGACAAACUGACCAUAACAGAGCUCAUCAAUGGAGGACUGGACCAUGGGGGGCGUGUUCAAGUACCUGUGCUGGAGGAUUCCAGAGGCGUGUGGUGGUGUGUCAGGAUGAGAACGGCUACCCUGCCAACAGCUGUGAUGAAAUCACUCAACCCAUAGAGCAGCGCUCCUGUGAGUCCGGCCCCUGCCCUCAGUGGUUCUAUGGCAGCUGGGGUGAGUGUUCAAAAUCCUGCGGAGGAGGGAUAAAGACCCGGUUGGUCGCUUGUCAGCGGCCCAACGGGGCGCGCUUAAACGAUCUAAGCUGUGAAAUUCUUGACAAACCACCCGACCGAGAACAGUGCAAUACUCAGCCCUGCUCUAUUAACCCUCACUGGAGCACAGAACAAUGGAGCUCGGUACCCUCGUAACUAUUUUAACUUUCUCCCUUCAUAUGCUCUCAUCCUCACAACAUGCCACGUGUUUCUUUACACUCAAGACAUGAAGAAAACAAACUGAAACUAUGAUGUUUUGAUCUUUGAGUAAGCAAAUAACUGGUUUGAACCUUUGCGGCUUAUUGGUGAGUUUCGUUUGCACUUAAAGAUCCACCAAACAUGCAGUUAAAUAUUGUUUUAGAGUUUUAUUUCCUGACUGAAAAAGUGAGCAUCUCUUUGGUUGAUGUGUUUGUUUAGAUGCUGUUUUGUUAGAUUUUUUUCCCUAUUUAAUUUUCUAUGUUAGGUUUCUUUUGCCUGACGCAGCUGUACUUUGGAUAAAUACAAAUCAUUGUGACGCUCUCUGUUGUUGCUUGUGUUCAAAACACAGUACAGUUGUAUAUAGUAUUUGAAACAUGGGCAGCAACACUUGCUCCACUCUAGAGCUGAAACAUCUGGCCACAGGUGGUUUACUUUAUUAUAUUGAAACUAUCUCCCUGUGUUUUUUUAUAGCUCUUCAUAAUUCAUUUCUCAUGAAUAAGUUUUUUUGUUGUUGUUGUUGUUUUCAACCAUACCUCACAUGAACUCAGCUAGCCAUUGACCUUUUUCAAAUUCAUCAUGGUGCUUUUUCAGUACAAGGGAGACUUUAUGUGAAAAUCUGUGUAUAGUCGCUAUAUUUUUGUAUAUUUAAGGUAACUUACAGAAGUACAUUUUUAAGUAAAUAUGAAAGUUGUGACAUAAACAAAAAUCAGAUGUAGUUUUGUGUCAUUAUAUGUCUGGUGAUUUGUUCUGCGAUUGUAAUAUUUUUCUACUUUUUUACAAGAUCAGUAUUAUUUCAGUUUUGUGUCUUAGGAAACAUAAACCAUGUUCUUAUAUAAUGUGUAAAAUUUUGUAUUGCAUUGUAUUUCCCUCAGACCCAGGGAAGGCCAGUUUUUUUAUUUUUUACUUGUUGGCCAGAUACUUGUGUCUACCUCAUCCUCCAUGAAGACAUACGUCUUCAAUCUGCUUUGUAUUUACAACCAUUCACUGCUUAAUUGGAUCUCUAAUCUCUCAUGGAUAUAGUAGUAUAUAUUUAAAGAAUCGUACAGUGAUGUUAUUUCCCAACACAAGAAAUGGUUAUUAUAAAUAAUCUAUUAACACUGAUGGAAUGCAAUCCAAUAUCUCUCCUAAAAACUACUUUUCAUGGGGGGUACUUACUUUUUCACAGCACUGUAUUUAUAAUUUUUUUUAUUUUUUCCAAAGAUGCUGUGGUGCUAUAGUGUCUAUGGUGCUAUUCUCUUUCAUGACAUGGUCUGUUAAUGUACCUGGACUGAAAAUGAAGCGGUUUAAAUCAAAUGGCAGUAUUAAUGAAGUUGUGCAUGUACAUUUCUGUAUAUAAUUGUAUGUAUUUGUAUUUAUUUCUGCUGCCAUAUGUUUGUCCAUAUUUGUUUGAACUUGCUAUUGAUGAUGGUCAAAUUAAACACAAAGUUAUUCAUUU